AUGAGGCGACGUUACGAGGAUGAUGGCAUCUCCGACGAUGAAAUUGAAGGGAAGAGGACGUUCGACCUCGAGGAAAAGCUGUCCACCAACAAGUUUAACUCCACCUUCGUGGUCUUCAUGGAAGGCAAAGACUUCACAGUUGAAUACAUCCAGCGCGGCGGCCUGAGAGACCCUCUCAUCUUCAGGAGCUCUGACGGCCUGGGGAUAAAGAUGCCGGAUCCGGACUUCAGCGUCAAUGAUGUGCGGCUGUGUGUCGGGAGCCGACGGAUGGUGGACGUCAUGGACGUGAACACGCAGAGGGAUAUCGAGAUGUCCAUGGCGCAGUGGGCACGCUACUAUGAAACACCGGAGGCCGAGCGGGAGAAACUUUACAACGUCAUCAGCCUGGAGUUCAGCCACACCAAACUGGAGAACCUGGUGCAGAGACCGGCUACGGUGGAUUUGAUUGACUGGGUCGAUAACAUGUGGCCCAGACACCUGAAGGAGAGUCAGACAGAGUCUACGAAUGCUAUCCUGGAGAUGCAGUACCCAAAGGUGCAGAAGUACUGUCUGAUGAGCGUCAAGGGCUGCUACACGGACUUCCACGUGGACUUCGGUGGUACUUCUGUGUGGUACCACAUCCACCGAGGGGGGAAGAUCUUCUGGCUGAUCCCUCCUACGCCCCAGAACCUGGAGCUCUAUGAAAACUGGCUUCUCUCAGGGAAGCAGGGAGACAUUUUUCUUGGGGACAGAGUGUCAGAGUGCCAGCGCAUCGAGCUCAAGCAGGGCUACACCUUUGUCAUCCCCUCAGGUUGGAUCCAUGCUGUGUACACUCCCAUGGACACGCUGGUGUUCGGAGGCAACUUCUUACACAGCUUCAACAUCCCUAUGCAGCUCCGGAUCUACAGCAUCGAAGACCGCACGCGGGUCCCGAAUAAGUUUCGUUAUCCCUUCUAUUACGAGAUGUGUUGGUACGUGCUGGAGCGCUACGUCUACUGCAUCACCAGCCGCUCGCAUCUGACCAAGGACUUCCAGAAGGAAUCGCUCAGUAUGGAUAUGGAGCUGAGCUCCUCGGACUCGGUAAACAUGGAAGAGGAGGAGGAGGAGGAAGAAGAGGAGGAUGCAGCAGGGAAGGAACCCAGGCGACCGGUCACAAGGCGGUCGAUUCUCACCAGCCCCAUAGCCAACGGUGCCAAUGUGGACUAUGACGAACUGGGCAGGAGCUGCCGGAGCAGCCUGCCGGGUCUGAAGAAGACCCCGUCUGUGGACUCUUCCGACUCCAGCCGGGGCUCCCAAAACGGCCAGGCCUGGGACCCAAACGGCGGCAGCCCACGCAAGAGCAGGAAGGUGCACCUGACCCAGUUUGAGCUGGAGGGGCUGCGCUGCCUCGUGGACAAACUGGAGUCGCUCCCUCUGCACAAGAAGUGCGUUCCCACCGGCAUUGAGGAUGAGGACGCCCUCAUCGCUGACGUCAAGCCCGCCAUCCCCAUCACCAAGCCGCACACCAUGAAGCCAACCCCCCGCCCGACGCCCGUCAGGCCGACGGUCUCUCCCAUCGUGUCAGGCGCCAGGCGGAGGCGGGUGCGGUGCCGAAAAUGCAAGGCUUGCAUGCAGGGCGAGUGCGGCAUGUGCCACUAUUGCAGGGACAUGAAGAAGUUUGGUGGCCCUGGCCGCAUGAAGCAGUCCUGCGUCCUCCGGCAGUGCUUAGCGCCCAGGCUGCCUCACUCGGUCACGUGUGCACUUUGCGGGGAGGUGGAUCAGAACGAAGACUCGCAGGACUUCGAGAAGAAGCUCAUGGAGUGCUGCAUCUGCAACGAGAUUGUUCACCCGGGCUGCCUGCAGAUGGAUGGGGAAGGGCUGCUCAACGACGAGCUCCCCAACUGCUGGGAGUGCCCCACAUGCUCCUGUGAGAGGAGUUUGUGCCGCCUCCGGGCUCCGUCGCAGCUCCCAGCGAAGCAGCGAGCGCUGCUGGGGCCUUGGGGUGGGACCAGGACAAGUGUUUCACCCUCCGGGUGCUGUGACAAGAGAUUGUGGACAAAGAUAGAUUUGAGUAGGUGCAAGUCCAUCACCCCCCAGGCACUGAGCGGCAUCAUCAAAAGACAGCCGGUCAGCCUGGACCUCAGCUGGACCAAUAUCUCCAAAAAACAGCUUACGUGGCUCGUCAACAGGCUGCCAGGCCUGAAAGACCUCAUCUUAGCAGGCUGUUCCUGGUCUGCGGUCUGCGCUCUCAGUACCUCCAGCUGCCCCCUUCUCAGGACCCUCGAUCUUCGGUGGGCAGUAGGAAUCAAGGACCCUCAGAUCCGGGACUUGCUCACGCCUCCGACGGACAAACCCAGUCAGGACAAUCGCAGCAAACUCCGCAACAUGAUCGAUUUCCGGCUCGCCGGCCUGGACAUCACCGACGCCACGCUGCGGCUGAUCAUCCGCCAUAUGCCCCUGCUCUCCCGCCUCGACCUCCCUUUCUCCAAGAGUGCCACGGAGCACGUCCAGAGCCGCCUGAGCAAGAAGCAGGUGCCCCCGGACCUCUUCCAGCCCUACAUUGAGGAGAUCUGCCAGAACCUGCGCGGGGGCAUCUUCCAGAAAUUCAUCGAGAG